AUGGUGAGCGAGACAAGUUGGAAUCCGAGGAGUUUGCAUGAGUUUUGGAGUACGGGGAUUUGGAAACGGAAUCUGUGGGCUAUGCGAAGGCUUUUCGCAAAGCUUACGUGGCAUAGACUGGGUGAAGACGGUCCAACCUUCCAUCCUCCCUCCUACCGUCUCUUCCUCUUCUUCUCCAUCCAAGGGUUCGGCCUCGUCAUCGAAGAAUUCUUCGCCGAAGUCUGGCGUAUCUUCCUCACGCACCAAUCCCAACCUAAUCCCCUCAGAAACAAUAUCUUUUCCGCCUCCGAUUAUAGGUGUUUCGAGGAGAGAGCGAGGAAGGUAUGGACGGUGGGGUGGUUGUUGUGCACGGGGAGUUUGUGGUGGGCGAAUGCUUUGGCUGAGGCGGGGGUUUGGAAUGGGACGGUGAGAAUUGGGGGUGUGGAUGAUUUUGGGCAAGUGGUGGCGUUGUAUGGGAGGAACUUCUUUGCUGCGGUGAUUGGAUGGUUGGCGGAGGGACCCAAGGCUCAAGCUGUGCCGGUUCGGCCAAUUGCAAGGGUGUGA